AUGGCGUGGUUUAUUUCUAACACCGUGCUCCCUCCGCUGGCGGUGCUCCUGGUCAUCGUGGCCAGCCGCGCCGCCGUGCGCAGGGUGGGCUCGGUGGUGCGCGCGCUCUUCGCGUGGACGGCAGGGUCGCCGUUCAUGCACGUGGAUCAGGCGCAGCGGCGGAAGGGUCUGGAGGACCGGCGGCGGCGCGCACCUCGCCGGCGGCGAGGUUGGCCGCGCCCAAGGUUUCCUGGCGAGGUCCGGCGUGACCGUCGCGCCGCAGGCGGCGCUCUUCAAGGCAGAUCUGAAGACCGGCCUUCCCAGCGCGGCGGCGCAUCCAGCGCACUCGUUGGAUCCCCCUCGAAGGAGCCCCACGAGUUGUUCUGCCAACGGUUCCACCUGAGCGCAGGGAAGGCAGGAAGCCCACUUAUGAGUUCAAGGGUAGGGUUGAGGAUAGUCCGUGGGAGCCCCCAGUGCUCGCCCCAGCUGCCAUUCCAGAUCCUGCUCCUGCUGAAGAACCUCCAGUUGUCGAUCCUGUUGACGAGCUGGCCGAGCUCCUAGCUGACGAUGAGAAGGCACUUCAGGGGAAGAUGAAGGCAUUAGCUGAAUCAGAGGAAAAGACCCCCGAUAAGGCUAAGGUCGCCAAGGGCCUGGGAUUCAUUCAGAAGCUCAAGAGGUCUGGGGGGAUUCUGCCAUAAACCUCCUGGACACAGCAAGCUUGAAGAUAGAGAAUACUUGGAAAAGCUUGGGUGAUACAGAUGCAGUGUAAUAAGUUCACUUACAUGUAAGCUCGUAGUGACUGUGGCGAACAUCUGUAGCCUUUGCUGGUAAUGUUGUCAGUUUACACUAGACAGUAAUUAGUUUACUUCAUCUGUACUGCUCAAGUGCCUAUACCACUUAAGCACCUAUACAACUUCUAAGAUUUUCUCCAUGGCGAAUCAGUAUGGUUUCAUUAGGCAACAAAUGUGCUUUUCCGUUUAUGUUCUGGUCAUAUUCGCGAUAUGAAAUGAGCAUUGUCACUGAGUUUCUACUUUGUACUGGUUGCCAUUGAGUGGUAAAAGCUCAGUCAAACUGGUGUUGUUGAUUAAUGCUGAAAUAAAGUUUCAUCAUCCGACCUA